AUGGUCUUCCUCACGACGCAGCUGUGGCUGCGAAGCCGCGUCACAGACCGUUACUGGCGGAUCCAGGAGGUGCUGAAGCACGCCCGGCAUUUCCGAGGUAGGAAGAAUCGGUGUUACAGUUUGGCUGUAAGGGCUGUGAUUCGAGCCUUUGUGAAAUGCACAAACGCCCGGCGAUUGAAGAAGAGGAACAUGAGGACGCUUUGGAUCAAUCGCAUCACAGCUGCUUCCCAGGAGCAUGGCCUGAAGUACCCAGCCUUCGUCAGCAAUUUAGUUAAGUGCCAGGUGGAGCUCAACAGGAAAAUGCUUGCAGACCUGGCCAUCUAUGAACCAAAGACUUUCAAAUCCUUGGCAGCUUUGGCCAAAAGGAGGCGAGAGGAGGGAUUUGCUGCUGCCUUGGGGGACGGGAAGGAGCCACAAGGCGUGUUCUCCCGGGUGGUGCACUGCUACUGA